GUUGCUCGUGAAGUUUGUAACACAUUGGUGGUUGUUUGUAGUUCGUGAAAGGAAGUAGGGUGAUACUUUCAAGAUGAAGGACAAAAGUCUGUCGAAACUUGACAGCAUGGCAGAUGUACGGGAUAUCUUAGAUAUCGAGGUACCUACUACCAGUGAGCUGACCAAGGAAUCAAUUAUUGGCAGUGACAAGAAGAAUCGGAAAAAAUAUGAAUACAAAGUACCAAAGAGGCCUGAGGGCAUGCAUCGCGAAGUCUUUGCAUUGCUCUGUAAGGAUAACAACGAUGUACCACCGUUGUUUCCAACAGAUACAGCAAAAGGAUAUAAACAAGUUAGAGCCAAACUUGGAAUGAAAAAAGUUAGACCAUGGAAGUGGACACCGUUUACUAAUCCAGCUAGGAUGGAUGGUGCUGUCUUUCAUCACUGGAGAAGAGUUGCAGAUGCUGGGAAAGAAUAUCCUUUUGCCAAGUUCAACAAGAAGGUUCCUAUUCCAACAUAUACCAAUGCAGAAUAUGUUCAACAUUUGGUUACAAAUGGUUGGACAAGAGCAGAAACAGACCACUUAUUUGAUUUGUGUAGGAGGUUUGAUCUAAGGUUUAUCAUAAUCAAAGACAGAUGGGAUUGCACAAAAUUUCCUGCAAGAUCAGUAGAGGAUUUGAAAGAAAGGUAUUAUCAAGUGUGCGCAGCUUUAACAAAAGCAAAAUCUCACAGUGACAAAGUUUACACAUUUGAUGCUGAACAUGAGAAACGCAGGAAAGAACAGUUAAAGAAGUUGUUUGAAAGAACACCAGAACAAGUGGAAGAAGAACAAAUGUUAUUAGCUGAAUUAAGAAAAAUUGAACAAAGAAAGAAGGAAAGGGAUAGAAAGACUCAAGACUUACAGAAAUUAAUAACAGCUGCUGAUCAUCAAGCUGACCCAAGAAAGAAUGAAAGGAAAGCUACAAAGAAGAGUGGUACUUCCUCUAGGAAUAGACCAAACAAAGCUGACACAUCUCAUACAGUGGAAUCUGCUGGAAUAAAGUUUCCAGAUUUUAAAAAUAGCGGCGUAUCGCUUCGUUCUCAGCGAAUAAAAUUGCCGAGUAGUUUAGGUCAAAAGAAGAUGAAGGGUAUUGAACAAAUGCUGAACGAACUUCGAAUAGAAUUAAACCCACCGCCCACAGAGCAGAUAUGCCAACAAUUUAACGAAUUAAGAAGCGACAUUGUUUUACACUACGAGCUUCGAAGCGCAUUAUCGACGUGCGAUUACGAGUUACAAUCCCUGAGGCAUCAAUACGAAGCUUUAGCUCCCGGAAAGACAUUAACGAUACCACCCGCAUUGUUACCGAAAACAGAGCCCGAAGUAAAAGCAGAUAUAAUAGAUGUGGUGGGCUCACCCAGCAUGCCAUCCAUUAGUCAUUGA